AAAAUUCUACACAUAGAAGUAAAUUAUUUUGGCAUAAUUUUAUUGAAUAGUUUGGAGCCUUUAGAAGAUAUCAAAAUCUUCCUUAUAUUAAUUAGUUCUGAUAUGGCUAAUUCACAUAAUUUUAAUCAUUUAGAAUGUGUAAACAAUUUGAUUCUUGCUCUUAAACCAUUAAUGAAUUGUGUUAAUCAAUUUGUUAAAGACAAUUACAAAAAUUUAUAUAUAAAAUUAAACAAUUUAGUUUUAGGUCUAUUUGUACCAAAACUUUUGGAAUUUUUUCUAUAA